CCCUGCCCCACUGCCCAUUCUGACCCAACCGACCCCCCUCCACGCCUCUCCCCUUCAUCCCCAACCCAGCACCACCUGCUGCAACCCUCAGCCCUGCAGUCCAACCAGCUCCCCUCCCUCUAAACCCUGGCACCCAUUCCACCCACCCACCCAGCCUGCUCCACCUCCUAUCCACCUGCAACUCCAGCCCCCGCACAUCCUCCCCUCGCCCCCGCACAUCCUCCAAACCCCAUUUCCUACCCCAGACCUCCCCUCAAUCCAGUCCGAGUCAGGAGAGAGGGCGUCAGCUGAGCUGAGAGGUGUUGAUACGUGUGGAGGGGAAGGAGUUUGUGGGAACACAGGGAGGGUGUGCUUGGAUUUUCCCAUUGCUCCAGUCUGGAACGAGUGAGGGGGAAGAUCCUGUGAGCAGCACCACAGCUCUCAGUCCCCGUGAAGGCGAGCAGUGAGCAGUGAGCAGGUGCAGACAGCUCACGCCUCUGAUCGGGAGGGAUGGGGUGUCUGCGAAUGUGUUUGUGUGUGAGCGACUGGAGCUUCCUAUCUGGAGCAGGGAUACAGGCCGAUGUGAGGGGUCGGAGAGGGAGAGAUGGAGCAGAGAAUCGCCCCUGGAGCCCCAGGGGUGAAGAACAGAGUGAUCCAGGCACCUCGUCAGCCGCCAUGGCCAACCAGACAGACCUGGUCAACGUAAAUGGCUGCGUGACCCCUUCGCUGACCCUCGACCUCCGGUCCUCGCACAAUGAGCUGCUCAACGCGGACCUGAAGCGCGGUCCCCAGCCCAAGGGCCGCAAGGUUUACGCUUCGACGGACCUACAGGCUGCCAUGGGGUUGGCCACGGACACCACCAACACCAAGUGGAUGAAGGAGGGGCGGAACCAGAUGCGCAAGGCGGCGGAGCACGAGAGGCAGGACCAGAACCGAAACAUCACCAAGGGAGAAGGAGGAGAGGAGAGGGCAAACCUGGAGCAGGCUGGCUCUCCGGCCAAGGUGCAGGCUGUCAGCGAGCCUGUUCCCAGCAGGAACAACGGCUUCCUCAGUUACUACAUGGGGCUGGAGCUGUCCCUGGAGGGCAGCUCCCAGAACGCGGACACACAGCAGCCUCUCCUCCUCCACCUGCACCAAGGAGACUGUGAGAGCUGUCCAGUGGAAGCAGGCGGUCAGCUCCCGGUCAAUGGGGAGCAGCCGGCAGACCACGCUGCCGAUGGCAGGCUGGACAUUCCCCUGGAGGCUCCCUGCGACGACAGGAAGGGAUCAUGCCUGUUCUUUGGGAUGAGGAACACGGCUGCCAGUGACGAGGACUCCAGUUGGACCAGCCUGUCCCAAGGCAGCGUGUCCUGGAGUUCACCCGACGAUAUGGAUCCUAUCUGGAAUCGGAACUCGUUUGAGACAGAUGCGGACUUGCCGGCGGGCUGGAUGAGGGUGCGCGACACCUCAGGGACUUACUACUGGCACAUUCCCACUGGGACCACACAGUGGGAGCCGCCAGCUCCCAUUGGCGAGCAGAAGGAGGGCUCCCGAAAACCCUCCAUCAUGUCACAGUGCACAACGCCCUCGGAGGAGCAGCAGCUGACGUGGACCGGUUUGUCUGCAGGCGAUAAGUGCGAUGAUGCCAACAUUUGGAAGGAGGUGCCAACCCCGACUGAGACCACAGACACCAGCCUGAAGGACUUUGAAGGGGCAACAUUACGAUACGCAUCAUUGAAUCUUGGGGGUCCAGCAGAAGAGGAUAGCGCCAAAAAAUUCAUAAACAUUGAUGAUGAGUCAAAGUGUUUUGCAGUCCAGUCGCUGGGCUGGGUGGAGAUGUUGGAGGAAGACCUGGCUCCAGGGAAGAGCAGUGUUGCCGUCAACAACUGCAUCCGACAACUGUCCUACCACAAGAGCAACCUGCACGACGGGGCUGGCACGUGGGGUGAGGGGAAAGAGAUGCUGCUACUUCUGGAGAACGACACCCUGAAUCUGAUCGACCCUGUCAGCCAAAACCUGCUCCACACACAGCCCAUUGUCAGCAUACGGGUGUGGGGUGUCGGGCGUGACAAUGGGCGGGACUUUGCCUACGUCGCCAGGGACAGGCUGACUAGGGUGCUGAAGUGUCACGUGUUCCGCUGUGACACCCCAGCCAAGGCCAUCGCCACCAGGCUGCACCAAGUCUGCUCCAAGAUCAUGGCAGACAGGAAGGACACCAAGGCCUCAAUGAAUGGACUGCUCAUCGACCACUCUAAACUGGUGGACGUCCCCUUCCAAGUGGAGUUCCCGGUGCCCAAGAGUGAGCUGGUGCAGAAGUUCCAGGUGCUGUAUUUGGGAAAUAUCCCAGUGACCAAACCUGUAGACACGAGGCGCCUCUCGCCAGCGGGGCUGCUGGGAGCCAGUCGUGGCUCAGAGCUGCAGAGAUCAGGUAUGGAUGUAAUUAACAGUGCCCUGGAGAACACCACACUCAACAGCAGCAGAGAGAGCUGGACGCCUGUCAUUGUCAAUGUGGCUUCCGCGACAGUCACCAUCGUCAGUGAGGAGAGCGGUGCAGUUCUCUCAGAGUGUCGGGUCCGGUUCCUCUCGUUCAUGGGUGUCGGCCGGGAUGUACAUACUUUCGCCUUCAUCAUGGCCUCUGGCCCUGAGCAGUUCGACUGCCACAUGUUCUGGUGUGAGCCCAACGCUGCGGGACUCUCUGAGGCCGUGCAGGCUGCCUGCAUGCUCCGGUACCAGAAGUGUCUGGACGCCCGUCCCCCAGGACUGGGGGCCUCGCCCACGGUGCCAUGCGCGGACUCGGUCGCCAGGAGGGUUGGAUCCAGCGUCAGGAAGGGGGUGCAGUCACUGCUGGGCUCCCUCAAACCCAAGCGGUCCGGUUCCCAGACCCCCUGAGGGCCCCCAUCUCACCCACCCACCCACCA